AUGGCUAUAUUCCUGCCUGUCCAGGAUACUAUUGACGCAGCCGAGAUGGCGGAAUUGCUCCAUAAAGAAGUCGAAUUGCGAUAUGGAUGCCCCAGUGGGAUUGUAUCAGACAGAGACUUGAGAAUCACUACCGCGUUUGCAUACAAUAACAGCAUGAAUCACACGCUUCGCGUAUCCCUGUUUAAGGCCCUAUAUGGGUUUGACCUGGAAUUUCACAUCGACGUUGCGGACAAUGUCCCAGAAGGGGAGAUACCUGCAGCCAAGGACCGUAUUCGAAAACUCUAUAAACUCAGACAAGGACUGCGAGACCAGCUGAACACGGCACGGCAAUGUCAAAUCGAAUAUUAUAACAAGCGACAUACGCUGAAGACCUUUAAAAGAGGAAGCCUAGUGAAGUUAUCGACACGGAAUCUGAAGCUUAAAAACAAGAAGCUCUAA